UAUCACUCAAGACACGGGUAUAUAGUAGACUUCAAUAAGGUCGCCAUGAUGUUGCCCUCAAUCAGACGUCUUCAAACUCCAGCUUCCAACUUCUUAUGUGAUUCAGAACUAAGCAUAUUGACAAGUCCCAAUCACCUUCAUCAUGAAGUUGUCGAUCGCAUCAACCCUCCUCUUCCUCGGUCUCGCUUCAGCUCAAUAUGGCGGCCAAAUCAAGGUCAAAGACGACGGCUGUCCCCAAUUCACCGCCGGCGAAAAGUCGCAGCCUCUCAGCUGGGUAAAGGGCAACAACAUCUGUGCCGACCUUUCGGAUAUUUGCCCCGAUGGCAAAUGCUUUAUGGCAUUUCAAGCUCUUGUUACGGGAACAGACAGCAGAACGCCUGCUAAGAUGGGAGCUUGUCCUACCGACGAUUGCUCGUCGGAUUGUCAGACUUGGGACGUCGAGUCGCAGAGUAACAGCAUCAGUGUUGACUGUGCCGAGUUUACUGGGCAGCAUUACUUUUACUUGGGUGACUGAGGAAUUGGACUUCAGGUAGUUAUGAGGAACAGUAUUUGUCAAGGAAAAGCAAGCUCAGUGCGGAAAUGGGACUGAAAGCCAAUAAUUAUCAUGUUUACCAUCAAGUCUAGCAAUAAAAGCAAGCACAUGAUGUCACAAUAAUAUUUCUCGAUAGCUAUUCAA